CUGUACGCCUUUCUGGCAACAACAACUGCUAUACUCGCCGUGGAUUUUGAUGUGUUCCCACGCCGUUUUGCAAAAACAUCGAUUUACGGUCGAAGUAUAAUGGAUCUUGGAACAGCCACAUUUGUUUAUUGUUUUGCUGUAGUCGAUGUAUUCCGGGAGUUCCCGGGAAGGAUCAGAAGUCCCAUCGCUCUAGGAUAUAGUUAUUUCCCUAUCAAGCCAUCAUCAGCGUUUGUCCUGAUUCUGUUUGGUGUUAUCAGAACAGUGGCACUUCGUUUGGUACACUAUCCAUAUCAAGCAGUUGUUGAUGUACUGGGCCGCCGAUUUCAUCUAUUAUUAGGCAUUAUCAUUGCAGUAACAUACCAGUAUUUUCUAACUGGUCAAAGAUUGCAGAUGUAUUUGCUAUCAGGUAAAAUAAAAAGAUCAGAUUUUCUGGCGAAAAAUCGUGAAGGCAUCUCCUCGGUGCUUGGUUAUUUGUCAAUUUAUUAUUUCGCUUCGGCCAUUGCCAGCUUCUUAUUCUCAGAAAUUGCUCCUCAUAAUUAUUGCAGUAAUGAAAUACAUCUCAAUAAAGCUGAAAAAAGGUUCAUUUUUGCAUUAAUACUGUAUUCAAACAAACUCUGUGGCUACUAGUU